AUGGAGAACCGGAAGGCUUUUACGAACGGCAGCGGCGGGAUCAGACGCCAGUCUAGCGCUUUGGGAGACGAAGAAUCUGCUCAAGAUGGACGAGAGACACCUGCUUCGACGGUCGUCUUGUCAGAUCCGUCGUCCGCAGAUGGUGGGGAGCUUCAGGAGCUUCCGGGUGAAAGGGCGUUCAUCCGUGAGCACUUUCCGCCCGACUUCGACCCAGCGCUGGAGCUCUCCCGCAUACGCAACGCGGCAUCCGACGCCGAGGCCGAGGCGAUCACGCGCGAGCAUUUCUCGCGUCUUGGUCCACAUUCCCUGUGGAGAUCAAUGAUGUGGGGGCAGGAGGCUGUUUUAGCAAUGCGGGCUAAGCUAUUGGAGAGGCCCGAAGCUCGGCAAUCGCAUGGCGCGAGCAGCAGUGACGGACAGCCCAGCCAUGCUGCGGGAGAUGUUGAGAGGCAAGAAGAACAAGAGUAG